AUGUCUGUACCAGUGGGUAUCAUAGUCCCCAAGAUGCUUCCCGUCACGGGGACGUUCGCUCCUGCGUUCGCGGCCUACUAUGUCCUACUCAAUCUCAGGGUCAGUCUUUUUCGCCAAUCGGAAAAGACUUUUCUAGGUGAACAGACCAAAACAUCCAUGGGCGAAGGCAAACCAACAGAGACUGGGGCCGGAGAUCUUCUUGUUGCGGCGAGAGCCCACAGCAACUUCGUUGAAAACGUCCCGUUCGCAUUGCUGGUGGCUGCAUUCGCCGAAUUGAACGGAGGCAAUCGACGAGCUUUGACCGCAUCUUUGGCGGGCUUGUUGUGUCUCAGAAUUGCCCACGUGGAAUUCGGGCUCAGACUGAAGGACUCCGUCGGUUGGGGGAGGCCAGUUGGGUAUUUUGGAACGCUGGGUUUUGUUGCUGGCAUGAGUUCUUAUGCUGCCUAUUUGUCCCCUUUGCCACCUCCUCCGUAUCUCGAUGGCGACGGCAACCCUCACAAGCGAGGCAUGGUUGUUGAAGAUCCUCCGGUGUGCUCUCGGUGCAUUGAUCAACCCGAGUCUGUUCACAAAUUGGAACAACACAUUAGAAUAUCACAAUCAGCAGCGGACAGCAUCAAACCGCCCGCAAACAUAGUGGACGGUGCAUGCUCGGUCAUAUCACUGAGCGAUCCGCUGAAUCUUGAACCCAACGGAAUCAGCAAUGCGAAGGCUGGCCCCAGAUUAAUGCCUCCCUGGAUGGCCUCGCUGCGUCCGAGGCAGCUGUCUAGCAAUCGUCCUACCAGCAUUCGCCCACGACGGCGUUCGACAUUGCCGACAAGGACCACAGGAUCGACGCUCUUUUCAACACCUCCUCAAUACCCUGGGACAAGAGACAGCGCUGGUAUGAGUCUAAAAGAGCCGUCUCCAGUACUGUCUUCUGAAGAUGGUCGCAAAUCUCCAGACGCCCUUCAGCGUAGAACUUCCCAAGUCGUGUCGGUCCCAGACACAAACAAGCAACUCAUUGCGGAGCAAGACCGACUGGAGGUCCAGAUUCGCCCGGCAAGCGGUACCCUCUGCGCCAAUAGCGAAGGCUUGUCAGCCUCGCAAGAUGCUGCGCUCCAGGAGAUUGGCGAGCCGAAACUCAUCCGCUCAUUGCCUGGAAGUCUCAUAAAGCGUAACAAUCCGGUAGCCAAACGGCGGUACUCCCUGCGCAAACCAUCGGCAGAAAACUCCAUGAUUGGGACAAUUGGCGACUCCUCCAAGUCAUCAACGUUUCAUGAACCGGUAUCCGUACCUUUGCAGGAUAUAGCUUCGGCGAAAAGGUCCAUGGUCAAAGAUCUAGCCAGCUUCUUCUCCAACGGCGCCACGAAAGCCAAGUCGGCUCUGCCAGGCAGUGGCAGCGGCAGCGUGAAUGGCAGCCGAAGAAGCAGUAGCAUCAAGAUCAAGACGGAUGGCAAGCAGACAGUCAUCAAUGAGAAAACCUGCGAGAGAUGCGGUGCCGAAAUACCGGAUCUUUCGGCCCGGAGAGAGUCCAGAGUUGCUCUCACCUGGUCCAGCGGUAAGCCGGACCGAAUCUGUCAGAGUUGCAAGGCUGAGACCACAAUUCCGGGCGCAUGGGCCUGA